UCCACCAAACACGACCUUGCUCCUCACAAGAAAUCAAAAAUCAUUACUAGAGAAUUCUAAUUCCUAGGGUUUCACUCACCAACCUCCCCCCCUUUGACAUUGCAGAGAGCACUGAAUCUCCAACCCGGGAGAAAUUAGGGUUUCUCGAAGAAGGGGAUGAAGGUUUUGGUGGGGAGCCCUGGGACAGUGAGCGGAUUGGCGCUGAGAUUGGGGCAAUGUCUCUUCGCUGGGGCUUCGAUUGGGGUCAUGGUGUCUGCUCUAGGGUUUUCCAACUAUACUGCGUUCUGCUACUUGAUUGCUUCCAUGGGACUACAAGUAUUAUGGAGUUUGGGUCUCGCCUGUCUUGAUGUCUACGCUCUAAGGAUAAAGAGAGAUCUUCACAAUCCUGUUUUAGUGAGUUUGUUCGUGGUUGGGGACUGGGUAACAGCAACUCUGUCGCUUGCUGCAGCAUGCUCUUCUGCAGGUGUGACAGUUCUGUUUAUAAGGGAUGUAGAUUUCUGCAGGACAUAUACUCAGAUUGCAUGCGGUAUGUAUGAGAUCUCCAUUGUCCUGGCUUUCAUUACGUGGCUGUUCAUUGCCAUGUCUUCUGUUGUCAUGUUUUGGCUGCUUGCCUCAGUUUGACUCUAUUUGUCUACUCUGUGUUGUGUAUUAUUACUCUGUCCAGUGAAGAACGCUACAUUCACUUUAGUUUUAAUGAUCGAAGCCGUUGGCAUUGCAAAAUACAAAUUCUGUUGCUCGAGUGUUCAAAAGGUUUCAAGGUUUUGUUUAUUGACUUAAGUGGUGUAAGUGAAACAUGUUUAUAUAUGAAUUGUGGUAUCGUCAAUACUA